AUGUUUGAUCAUGAUAGUCUUGGGGAGAGCUCAGCUGUUGGAGUUAUGGGUGUUAUUCUAAUUAUCGCAUCUAUCAUAGUUCUUAUCCAAAUGGUGCAUCACAAAAGAAAUUUCUUCUAUCCGUCUGCUCAGAAAAGAAUUUUUCUCUUACUGCUAACUCCACUUGUAAUAGGCUGGUCUUCAUGAGUAUGCCUUCUAGUCGGCUCCAAAAUAGCUCCUAUUGACUCAUUGAUAUCAGCAGACAGAGCUCUCAACAUAUGAGCUUUUAUAACAUACAUCGAAAAAAUGCUAGGCUGAACAAUCGAGAAUGAUCGAGCUGUUUUUUCAAAGGAAAAGAUGUCUCAGCUUCUUAUGAAGCAAGUGAAAGCAUCAUUUUGCUGCUGUGAGAAGUUUUACUUUACCAACGAAGCGAGAGCACAGAGUUACAUCAAAAGGAUCAAAUUUGGAGCUUACCAAUAUAUUUUUGUUUUGCUUUGUGUUGCCAUCAUAACUAUUAUUCUUGCGGCUACAAGGUAUAACAGCUACUCAAUUGAGCAUGGGUCAAAUGGAGUGAUUUGGCUCACAAUCGCUAAAUCGGCAAGCAUGGGAUUAGCAAUGACUUACACUUUGCUGUUUGUAUCAUUUGCCAAAAGAAUACCUGAAAUGAGAUACCUGAAGCUCCAACCGAAAUUUGCUGUUACUCAAUUUGCAUUGCAACUUACUGUUAUACAGCCACUAAUAAUAACUUUAUUUGCUACAGAAGAUUUAAUAAUCAGUACUGAUAUAGACAGCGUGGAUAAUAUAACAAGCUGGACAAGCAAUUUGCUUUUAUGCAGUGAAAUGAUCAUUUUUACUUUUUUACAAUUCAUGAUUUAUCCAGUAUCUGAUUAUAAUUUCUCGUUACUUGAGAAAUCAACAGGCAAAAUAGAAGAUGAAUUGCAUGAUCGGCAAAAUUUAGAUGUGACUUCUUAA